CUUCUCCUCCUCCCCUGGGUCCCCCCCGUUCCUGUUAACCCCUGCUGGGCUGGGCCUCUUGAAGCCCAAAUAAAUUGCUUUUACGUGUAUGGAUGUUAACGGCGGUGCCCGCGAUGACAGUAGUUUAUCCGUUGGGAUUGGAGGGGUUUAAUGUCUUCUGAGAGGUAUCAGAAUAUUGUCCCUCGGCGUAAGCCUUUGGGUGCCUGAGCAGCUGUGGAACACUGCUUUGCUGCUGACGUGCACGUCUUAAACGCACUGCGUUGCAGGAGGUAUCUUCAUCGGUAAUUCUGGCUGAAAUCUGUUGUUGGAUACACCUUAAAGCAAAAACAGCUGCGUGCUGUGGAUUUUUUUAUCAGCCAGAUUUUUUUAUUAGCCAUUCCUGACAAACAAGAGAUCUCCUUCUGUAAAAGCACAGUUUUGAUUGGAAGUGAAAGCAAAAAUAUGAAGGAGCUAUCACCAUUAGCAAAGCUGCUGAUGCAUUUCGUAGUGGGGGGAGGAAGGCUGUGCGGGCCAGCGGGCUACUCCUGGGUUUGUUUGCUUCAACAAAGUGGGAUCCCCUCCCUCGUGCCUUACAAAGAUCUUUAACUGCUCCAUCUGGCAGGUUGAGCUGCCAAAUUUAACUCAGUUUCUCUUAGCGUGUGGUCUUAUGCUUGCUUAAACUGUGUUAUUAAAGACUGGCUGCUUCUCACUGGAAGCUUAUUCUUCCUUGCAGAGUUUUUCACCUAAUGGAUUUGAUCUCCUUCCGUUCACAGCAGGGAUAUCUGUAUGACGUAUCGUAUCAUAGAGUCCUGAACCACUCUCAAGAAUUAUGAGGCCUGUUAGCUUACUUGAGGAAUUCCUUUUAGCAGCUUGUAUCUGUAGAGAUCCGCCCAGUACAAUGCAAGUUGGAAGUGAUGAUAAAUGAUAUCUUACAUAACAAAAGCCUUUCUACGAAAAGUUUACAGCAUUCUGUCUAUUCAGGUUCUCUUGACCACAAUCACAUCUGCAAUUUUUCUGUACUCCACUGGAGUACAGGCAUUUGUUCAUGAAAGGCCUGCCUUGCUUUUGAUAUCUGUGUUUGGAUGUUUGGCUAUAAGCUUUGCACUGGCCCUCUACAGACACCAGCAUCCUGUUAACUUAUACCUUCUUUUUGGAUUUACCCUCCUGGAAGCCCUUACAGUUGCCAUUACAGUGAGUUUCUAUGAUGUGUCCAUCGUCUUGCAAGCCUUCAUUCUUACGACUGCUGUAUUUCUUGGGCUGACUGCAUAUACCUUGCAGUCAAAGAGAGACUUCAGCAAAUUUGGAGCAGGGCUCUUUGCUUGCUUGUGGAUUUUAAUCUUCUCAUGUUUCUUGAUGCUGUUUUUCCAUAGUGAAAUAAUGGAGCUGGUGAUUGCUGCUGCUGGAGCACUUCUUUUCUGUGGAUUUAUUAUUUAUGACACUCACUUGCUGAUGCACAAGUUAUCCCCUGAAGAAUACAUACUGGCUGCAAUCAACCUUUACCUGGACAUCAUCAAUCUGUUUCUCAACCUGCUACGUUUACUGGAGGCAUUUAAUAAGAAGUAAUAAACAGGGAUAUGGUUGAAGUACCUGAAUAGUGUUGGCUUGGAUGAUCUACCAACUGCGUGCUCUCAUCUUUCAGAGACUGAAUCUUUAUUUCUCUUUCAUUACGUGUGUACUUGUCCCUCCUUUGAGGUGAGGGGGAAGCUCUCAGUCUAAGUUCUUCUCUAGAAUAUGUAUUUUGUUUAGUUGACAUGGUGUAUCCAAUUACACUCCCAUUUUUUAUUUACUUAAUUUGCACUUGUUGUAAUUCACAAUUAAAAUGUUUGCCAAUUUCUGAUUGCUCCAGAGCAUGCUCAGAAAGACUCUGACUGCAAUUCUGUAGCUGCUGGAAAUAUUUCCUUUCUGAUUGGCAGAGUGAGCAGCGUAAAGGCAGAUGGAAGUGAUGUUUGUGCAGUAUUUUACUAAGUUAACAUUUCUUCUAGACUUGGUUUGGUGAAACAAUGCUGUCUGUCUGUGAAAAGGAGGUUCUGCUCUUAACACUGAGCCCUUAUGUGAGCGGGGAUCAUGAGGUCGCUUCAUGGGAAUGUUCUUCUUCAUUAAUGAUGAUUUAUUGCCUAUCUUUCAGUGUUUUGGAAAAUCAUUUGAAGAUGGAUUCUUGUGUAUGUUAUGGCUAAUGGUCUCUCAAUAAAACAUUAGAAAAUCUUCAGUCCCGAGCAUGGA